CUCAUCUCCACCUCCUUUCUUCCCCAACUAAAAAAAAAAUCCAUCAUGCGAGAUGGCGCGGCAUCAUAAAAUCGUCUGUUCUACUUGUCGCCGUCGGAAAAGCAAAUGUGACGGCGCGUCCCCCAGCUGCUCGGCCUGCAUCGCCAGUGCUUCCAAGUGCCACUAUGAUAAAUUGCCCUCGCUUGCCUACGUGCGCUCACUGCAGUCUCGCAUCCAGGAAUUAGAGCGGGGCCUACUCAAUGGCAGCUCUAGUGGUGCUGGUGCACCUUCUCCCUCUAGUUCGUCCUUUGUCAGUUCGGCUUUCAGCAAUGGAGCCACUGACCCAAUGAGCCUGGAUGCUUUGGGAGAUGUCAGCUAUCACAACCAGACAUCUGCCAUCCAUGAAGACCUUCCACAAACACCUGCUCGACCACUGCACGCGAGAACUCCCCCAUCAACAAUAACGGACGAAGGUACUGCAGAUGCCAGGCAACAUCUUGUCGCCAAUGCUGCCGUCCAGAAAGACUUCGAAAUCGGCAACCUGGAUACAUCCUUGUCGUUAGCAAAUAUCUCCAAGGAUCUCGCAAGCACCUUGUUGCAGCUCCACUGGUGCUGGUUGCAUCCAAGCUUCCUUUUCGUAUAUCGUCCAGCUUUUACGAGGGACAUGCCUCGACUUGCCAGCGGAGAGCAAUCGUCCACAUAUUGCUCCUCCACUCUCGUCAAAGUUCUCUACGCCCACAGCUGUCGGUUUAUACGGUCACCAGAUUCAGUAUGGAGCCCGAAUAAUAAUGGCGAGACAUUCCAGGAGCUUUCCGAUCGCUUAAUGACAGAGGCAAAGGCGUUGCUUGCUAUGGAGACCCUCAAUCCUCCUGCUAUUCCCACGAUCCAAGCAUUACUCCAACAGUCGGCCCGUGACGUCGCUUGUGGCCGGUCCUCCGCCGCAUGGCUCUACUCGGGAAUGGCCUUUCGUAUGGCCGUUGACCUGGGCUUGCACGUCUCUCCCGACAAGCUCCAGCAAUAUUCCACAUCGCUCUCAGCAGAAGACAUCGAGAUACGAAAACGUCUCUUCUGGAGCUUAUACUCGUGGGACAAGCACAUCAGCAUGUACCUCGGGAGGAUGCCGAAUUUUGUAAUGGGCGCUGAAAACGUCUCCCUGGAAUUCCUCGACGACUUUACCGACCAUGAUCCUUGGGUACCAUUCUACGGCCCUGAUGCGAAUGCCUCGGAGCUCCCUCCGUUUCCACCCACCCCAGGCCGUAUCAUGUCCUGCUUCACGGAGCUGUGCAAACUCUGCAAAAUACUCACGCGGGUGAUGCUGGAACUCUAUAGCUCUCAGUCUGCCGACAAAGCUGCUGCUUUUGUAGAGAUAAAACAGGAGCUCCAGGAAUGGCACUCGUCCCUGCCGUCGUUCCUCUACACACCACCCAACAAGAUGCCUGAACUGAGCCCGCCGCCGCAUAUCACAUCGCUCAACCUGAUGUACCACAACACCCUGAUCCUUCUCCAUCGACCGCAUGUUGCGAGUGCCAGUAGUGAGGUUCCUCGCCCAGCCGCAGUCCGACAAAGCUGGAAGAUAUGUCGAUCUGCAACGACCGCAAUAUACGGCCUUCUCAAAAUGUACGUACAUACAUUUGGGUUCCACCACAUCACAUACAUGAAUAGCUAUUGCACUUACAUGGCCGCAACGACCGCCGUGUACCAGCUGGAGACAUCGGAGGACGUACUACAGUCCAACCAAGCGGCUUGGACGGAAUUGAGGUUCCUGCUUGAUGUCCUCCAGCGUACUGCUACUGCCAUGCCCGGCCUGAACCGGAGUAUCGAGAUUAUCAAAGCGCGCAUAAAGAGGAUCCUUGACCGGCAGGCUUCCAAACAGCUCGACUCUCUCUUUCCGGGUCAGGUGUCGAAGAGUCCAAAACGGGAUACCCCAGGACUGUCUCAUCCGGAAAACGGCUCGACCUCAAAUACGUCGUCUGCUUAUCCCUUAAACUGCCCUCCGGUUUAUAACUGGGGAGAUCACUCCCACGCAGGAAUCAGCGCAGAUGAGGAUCUCUGGCUCCCAGCGUUCCCAGCGCAGGAUACUUCCUACGGUCCAGAAGUAAUGCUCGAUGUCCAGGAAGCUCUCAGUCCGCAGACGCGGUCUGCGCUCAUGGGGUCGAAUCUUGAUCCACAGCUGCGACUGGAUCUCUCCAUGCCUGACUCUACGAUGGCUGGUUAUGGCCUAUUCUCUGAUACUUUGCUCGGUGAAAUGCCACAGAGUCCCGCAGAGGAAGGAGUGUGACCGUGUCGUAUGGACAGAGCGAGUGAUUUUGUAAGCGCCCCCAUGUCCUUCAGAUUUACUGUCUCGUCCUUUAUUCCUCUCAAUUCAGAUGCCAAUCAGUGUGUUACUAUCAUCCUCUACAUGGCUGUGGGGUUUUGUUUAUCUUUUUCUCCUUCGGUGAACAAUACUAUUUCAGGGCUGCUCCCAAUCCCCCGCCACUAGAGAGGGAUGAUCACUGCGC